GGUGGCUAAACGGGUGCUGUUUUUGUUUCAAGCACAUCAGGCAACUUCUGAAGAUGCGGUCCUGUGCAUCUUGUGAAGGAAGAACCACAGACUUCUGAACGCAAAUCCAUGAAACUGAUUCUGGGCGGAUAUGCAAGAGAAUUCCAGGAAAAUGUCUUCGUUGGAAUUCCCUAACGUGACAAUAAAGUUAGAAGACAAAGAAGAUGUUUCAUGGCUUCCAAACAACCAGGUGGCAGAAGGAAGUCGGAGCUUCUCAGUUGAUCAUUCAGGGUUUCCUGUUCCCAAGUCUGAAGUCAUCCAUGGAGGAGAUCCAUGGAUUCCAGAGCCUGUUUCACAAGAAAAAGAAAUCCCAGUAGAUUAUGGUUCCGAGCUUCCAGAUGUAAUAAUAAAGCUGGAACAGGAAGAGAUUUCGUAUGUUCCCUGCCCCCAUGUUUCAGAAACAAGUGUGACAUUCAAAACAGUCCAAUCAGGAGGUGGCCAUGACAAAAUGUUUCAGAGAGAAGUACCAUUUUACUCCGGCUGUGUGAGGCAUUUCCCUGACAAACCCAAAUGUAUCAAACAAGAGAACCAAAACAUGGCAGAGAAACCCCACAAGUGCUCUUGCUGCACCAAAAGCUUCAUGAAGAGGUCCAACCUUCGCACCCACGAGAGAAUCCACACGGGGGAAAAGCCAUUCCGCUGCUCCGAAUGCGGCAACAGCUUCAGCGAUGGUUCCAGCCUCAUCAGGCACAAGCGGAAGCACACCGGGGAGAAGCCGUACAGCUGCUCGGCAUGUGGGAAGCGGUUCAACCAGAGCUCCAGCCUCAUCAGGCACGAGCGGAGUCACACGGAGCAGAGACCUUACAAGUGCUUGGAAUGUGGGAAAAGGUUCAACCAGAGCUCCACCCUCGUGCGGCACGAAAGGAUCCACCGAGAACAGAGGCUGUACAAAUGCUCGGACUGCGAGAAGAGAUUUAUUCAGAGCUCCAGCCUCCUUGCUCACGAGAGGAUCCACCGGGGAGAGAAACCUUACAGCUGCACAGCUUGCGGGAAAGGCUUUGUCCAGAAAUCUAACCUUCUGAUUCAUGAGAUGAAACACACCGGUUUGAAGCCAUUCAAGUGUCAGGACUGCGGGAAGGGUUUCAUUCAGAAUUCAAGCCUCGUCAUACAUCGGAGAAUCCACACGGGGGAGAAACCGUACAGUUGCUCGCACUGCCGGAGACCUUUCAGUGACAAGUCGAGCCUUAACAAACACGAGCGAGCCCACCGAGGGGACAAACCGUACAAGUGUUCCAGCUGCGGGAAAAGCUUCGUGCGUAGGUCUCACCUCUUGACUCAUGAAAGGAUCCACACAGGCGUGAAGCCGUUCAAGUGUUCGGACUGCGGGAAGAGCUUCAGUAGCCGGUCGCAUUUGAUCAGGCACGAAGGGACGCACACGGGGGAAAAGCCCUACGAUUGCUCAUUCUGCGGGAAGAGCUUCAACCGGAAGUCCAACCUGACCAACCACGAGAGGACCCACACGGGGGAGAAGCCUUACAAGUGCUCCGAUUGCGGGAAAAGCUUCAGCGACAGGUCCAGCCUGAUUAAGCACGAGCGGAUCCACACCGGGGAGAAGCCGUACAGUUGCGGGUCCUGUGAGAAGAGCUUCAGCGACAAAUCGAGCCUUAUCAGGCACGAGCGGAUCCAUACAGAGGAGAAGCCAUACAAAUGUGCUGAUUGCGGGAAAGGAUUCAACCAGAGCUCGAGUCUCAUUGUGCACGAGAGAACCCACACGGGCGAGAAACCCUUCAAAUGCUCUGACUGCGGGAAAGGCUUCAUUCGCAGGUCCAACCUCCUGGCCCAUAAGCGGAUCCACACGGGCGAGAAGCCCUAUAGGUGCGUCCACUGUGGGAAAAGCUUCACCGAAAGGUCGAAUCGUAACCGGCACCAGAGGACUCAUUCGGGAGAAAAGCCCUACCAUUGUCUCGACUGCGGAAAGAGCUUCAGCUUCAGGUCCGACCUCAUCCGACACGGGAUCACCCAUACGGGAGAAAGGCCGUACAAAUGCUCGGACUGUGGGAAAACCUUCAGCCAUGCCUCGACCCUCAUUCGGCAUGAGAACAUCCACACGGGGGAGAAACCCUACUCCUGCGUGGACUGCGGGAAAUGCUUCACCCAAAGUUCAUCUCUUCUGGCGCAUAAGCGGCUGCACACCGGAGAGACGCCAUUCAUCUGCCCCGUCUGUGGAGAAAGCUUCAACUGGAAGUCGCAUUUGGUGACGCACAAGCGAACCCACACUGGGGAAAGGCCGUAUAAAUGCACCAAGUGUGAGAAGAGCUUCAUCGAGAAAUCCAAACUGAACAGGCACCAGAGGACCCACGCGGAGAAGGAACUGUAUGGGUGUGGGGAGUGCGGGAGGAUCUUCAGCAUCAGAUCCAACCUGCUUCGGCACGAGACCACACACCGAGGGGUGAAAUCCUACACCUGCCUGAGCUGUGGGAAAAGUUUCAACCAGUCGUCAAAACUGAUGCGGCACGAAAGGGUCCACACGGGAGAGAAACCCUACUCAUGUUCAGACUGUGGGAAAAGUUUCAGCCAGACCUCUGAACUCCUGCGGCACGAAAGGAUCCACACCGGAGAGAAGCCGUACAAAUGCUCGUCCUGCGGGAAGUGCUUCAAUCGCAAAUCACACCUCAGCACCCACGAGGCAACCCAUGUAGCUGACCUGCCACCUGGAGGGCUCCAUAGCAGGACAGUCUAUGACAGCAGCUCACUCUUUAUUGCAGGGCUGAGUUCCCACCAGCAGACCUACGCAGAGGGCCAGGCGUAUCCGGGCUCAGAAAAUGAAAAAGACUACAGCCAUAGUUCGAUUUUUAUCGCAGGGCUGAACCCCAGCAGGCCUACACACGUAGGUGACCAGCUCUAUGAAUGGCCCAGCAGUGAGACAAGCUACGGCCAUUGUUCACUCCUCAUCACUGGAGUCAAUCCACAAGAAGGCGCCCAGGCAGAAGAAGCCCUGUUUCCAUGUUUGGAUAGAGAGACCAGCUACACUUGUAGCCCGUUGUUUAAAAGCAUCAUGAACACACGGCAGGUGGUCCUUUCAGGAGGCCGACCUAUUGCCUGCCUGGACGGCGAGAAAAAUUACAGUGACCCUUCGCUUUUCCAGAAGGAGGAGAAAUUGUUUAAAUGUCCCGAAUGUGGAAAGAGUUUCAACUGGCAGUCUCACUUCACUCGGCACAAAAGAAUUCACACGGGAGAAAAGCCAUACUGUUGCACGGACUGUGGGAAAAGUUUCAACCGCAGGUCACACCUUGUUCGACAUAGUAGGACUCACAACGGACUGAGCCUGUACUCUCAGACUGUUGAAGAAUCCUCAGUUCAGGACCUUAUUUUCUUAAACCCAAGCGAAUCAAUGCAGGACAAAACUGUGAUUAACACACAGGCUGUGGGGGCUUCCUUUAUGGCUCGCACGAGGUUACCGCCUGGAAACGUCACAAUCCUGCCUGCUGAAACCACUCAGGAAUAA